AGUCUACGAGCGAUGCAAGAAGUGACUCUGUCUCGCCACUGACGUCUCUCCCGCACGCGCAGUGCGCCACACCCUCUCUGACAAGCUAGGCCAGGGCUACAAGUCGACUAUGUCCGCCAUCUCCCGCUUCUCGGAUGAUACUCGUCAACUCGUCAGUCGCAAUUACCUGUGGGCAGCAGAGUGGUACCUCAAUCUUCCUACGGGCAAAAUGGCAGUCGUGCCCAUCGUGGCACUCAACACGGCCAUCUUCCUGUCAUGGAACCUCUCUGCCUUACGACCUUCGUGGCGCAUCUUCAUGUAUCGCAACUUCACCGAUAUGCAUCACAGCUGGAGGCGACCCUGGACGGUGUACAUGGCGUCAUUCUCGCAUUCGUCGCUUAUGCACUUUGGCUUCAACCAGUACGCGAUGUGGUCUGUAGGGGCUGCUGCGCUCGCCCUGGGCACACAGGAACAAAUCGAUCGCUCUAAAGCGGCAGGUGGGCAAGCGCCAAAAGCACCACCCGAGACGGACCUCAAGUACCAGCUCUGGGCCGCGUUCCUCACUGCAGCCGUUUGCGGCUCCUCCGUCUCUCGCGUGAGCAGCAAGAUCUCGCUCGUCCGCUUGAUGAGGCGGGCCCUUGCCAGCCCUCAGGACUUGGCGCUUCAUCGUAAGGUACAGGAGAACGUGAUGGGUCGAUCGUUGGGAUCCAGCGCGGGUGUGUAUGGUCUUUUCGCGGCCGCUGCCGUACAGUAUGGCACUGGACCGGAUGCAGGCUGGCAUCGCAUCGGAUUCAUUGGCUUACCUGCGGAGUGGUCGCUGCCGAUGGGUCAAGGGUUCUUGCUCCUCUGCUGCUUCGACGCUAUCUGCCUGAUCACCGGUUUCAGGUUCUUCGAUCACGCCGCACAUCUCGGUGGAGCGGCUGCUGGUGCCCUGUGGGCUCUGUGGAUCCAGGGCAAGGUGUGGAUACCUGUGAGGGAGUGGUGGGCGAAGGGAGAGAUGUCGCAGCGAGUCACGCAGCAAGGCGACGGGCGUCAGGAGGCGUUGCGGAGCGUGGUACAGGAUAGCGGGCGUGAGCCAAGCGAGGGUCGAAGAAUUUGAGCAUUGUCACCGUAGAUCAGCAGACUGGCAGGCGUGUAGAACUGCUGUACCCUGCUGUCAAUACCAUCUCUCAUUCCGUUA